AUGGCGUCACGCGAUUCCCCCGGCUCACCCUUGUCCUCCGUGGGCUCCAUGGAUGGAUCAGACCACGAAGAUAGUCGCGCGCACUCCCCGUCGAUGUCAAACAUGCCGCCCUCGAAGCGGCGACGUACUGGUGGCCCACCCUGGAUCAACAAAGACCGUCACACGCCGCAGUCAUCAGUAUGCGACGAGAACCACCCCCCUCCAUCCCCGACAGCCUCAAUUUCCUCCGACAGCUCCGCCGACAUCCCCAACUCUCCAAGCCUCCUUGCUCUCCUGGGCACAAACCAAGAAGAUGACUACAGCGGUCAGAGCACCGAUCAAGUUACUAUCUGCCGAUGGGACGGAUGUACAGCCGGUGACCUCGGAAACAUGGAUGGACUGGUGUCUCACCUGCACAAUGAACACAUCGGGAGCCGACAGAAACGCUACUCGUGCGAGUGGACCGACUGCACCCGCAAAGGUCAAACGCACGCCAGCGCUUAUGCCCUACGCGCACACAUGAGAAGUCACACCCGCGAGAAACCCUUCUACUGCACCCUACCAGAAUGUGAUCGCAACUUCACCCGCUCCGACGCCCUCACCAAGCACAUGCGCUCUGUCCAUGAAACGGAUACCAUGCGUCCCAAUGACGCGAUUGCCAAAGGUGGUUCCACAAUUGGCACACCUGCCUCGAAGCUUCAGCGCAUCCGUCUGAAGCUCACCCAGCCCCGUGAACCAGGUACCGAGGGAGAGCCUCAUGUCGAAGCACCGGUUGCCCCGACCGUUCCAGUAAUCCCGACUGAGCAUGAUUUGGAGGAGAACUCGAUGCCCGAAUACGGACCCGAGCUUGAUUUCGAUGAGCACGAGCUCUCCUUGCCCCCGCGGGAGCUGUAUCGUCUACUGCGUCGCCAGAUCGUAUGGGCUGGACAGGAGACAGCACAAUUGGAGACAGAGUGGGAGGGAAUUCGACCAAGGCGCGAGGCAUCAUGGCGUGAGAAAGAGGCUAUCUUGGACGAUCUGAUCGAUGCCGAGGUAGGACUUUUGAGCGCCAUGGUUGGAUCUGUCCCUCCAGCCAAUCUGACUACUAGCCUUGAGAAAUUGCAGCGGCAGCAAGAGCAGUUCCAACUUCAACAGGAGCAGCUUGCCAGGGCAGCUGAGCCUCCUCAUGUGGAUGGUGCUUAG